AUGAGAGCAGCAUUUGAUGAGCUAGCUGGCAAAAUCGAUACAGUUUAUCUAGUAGGAGGGUUUGGAGGGUGUAGGUUUGUUAGGCAAAAGAUAGAAGAAGGUAUUGCUCAGCAUCGUGGCAUUCUUUAUGAUAAUAUAGUGUGUCCUCAACAUUCAGAUCUUGCUGUUGUAUCAGGAGCAGUAAUGUGGAGGAAAGAUCCUAACAUAAUCCAAUCACUUGUUGCUGAUGCUACUUAUGGAAUUGGUAUUGUUACUUUCUUUAACCCAUCAAUACAUGACGAACAUUACAAGUUUAUCAAUGAAGAAGGUGUGCAAUGUUGUGGCAAUGUUUUUAACAUAUUUGUACUCAAAGGAGAACUAAUUCGACAAAAUGAAGUAUAUCAAACAACAUUAGUAGUUGAUUCUCAAAGCUACACACAAGCACACAUUCCUAUAUACUGUACAUUAGAUGAUGGAGUUCAGUAUGUAAGAGAUAAAGAAGGUAAACCAACAGUACAUGAAAUUGGUAAGCUAGUACUUGAUCUUCCUAAUCCUGAGAAUAUACCAAGAAAUGAGAGAAAAUACGACAUAUUUAUGGAUUUCAGUGGUACAGAGAUACAAGCAAGAGUUCAGUAUAGCAUCACUGGAGAAGAAGUAAAAACAGUUUGUGACUUUCUAUCAAACCAAGACUAA